AUGAAUUGGUACCAAGCAAAACACACUUGUGGCGAGUCACGAGCAAACUUGGUAAUCCCAAACUCACAAUCCGAACAAAAUUACAUAUGGGAACUGAUCCUGAACAAGUUUAACCAGACUCCUGCUACCGAUCUCUGGAUUGGUUGUAAUGACAUCGAGGAGGAGGGAAACUGGCAGCACUGUCCGUUGAAGGGUGAGAUUAACGCUUAUGAGAAUUGGGCGAAUAUGGAGCCCAAUAAUGACGGUGGAGCAGAUUGUGGAGCGCUGAGGGUUUCUCGUAGGGGUCAAUGGGACGAUCAACAGUGCACACAUUAUGUCAACUACGCUCUGUGUGAGAUCCCUGCCAUCAACACUCCCGUGUCCAGCCCGCUGAUGAACAACCCAAGACGUCUAACUCCUCAGUGCUUACUCCACUACGCAAUGGAGGGGUUACUUGGCAAUGGCAAAGGCACCGUGUUGUGCCGAUCACACACACGAUGUCACUCAUUCAUUCUAACAGAGAACGAUGGAAGGAAUAGCGUUUGCCGAACAAGCAACAAGCCCAAUUAA